GGAGCGCGGAGCCGCUGAGCGCGCACACGGAGGCACGCUGCUGAUCGCUGAUCACUGAUACUGACUGAUCGAUCAGUCCAUCUGAAGCUCGUGCGCGAGGAGGCGCGUUCAGGUUCCGUGAUGCGCCGCUCGUGCGUAAAACCGCCAACAGUAAAUGAGCCGAAGGAGAAGUCAGCUGAUCUGAGGAGGAGACUUUGAUUUGACAGCUGAGCGCGCGGACAGGUGUGAGCGAGCAGGUAGAGCUGCACCUGCUCCACCCCUGCUGCUCCGCCCUCCUCGCGUCGCGGUGUCUCACGUCAUCUUGAAACAUGGAGAACGUGUCGGUCCCGGGCGCGCCGCCCCCGCUCUGUAACGACUCUGUGCUGCUGUACUCGCCCACGGGAAACCGCUCUGACCCGAACUGCACCCCCCCCUUCUUCGCUGACCUUUACGUCAUCCUGCCCGUCAUCUACUCCGUGAUCUGUGCCGUGGGGCUGACGGGAAACACCGCCGUCAUCUACAUGAUCCUCAAAGCCCCCAAAAUGAAAACGGUCACCAACAUGUUCAUCCUGAACUUGGCCAUCGCGGACGACCUGUUCACUCUGGUGCUGCCCAUCAGCAUCGCCGAACAUCUGCUCAACUACUGGCCCUUCGGGGAGGUCCUCUGUAAGGUGAUCCUGAGCAUCGACCACUACAACAUCUUCUCCAGCAUCUACUUCCUGACCGUGAUGAGCAUCGACCGCUACCUGGUCGUCCUGUCGACCGUGAGAUCGAAGCGCAUGCCUUACCGCACCUACCGAGCGGCCAAGAUCAUCUCGCUGUGCGUGUGGGUCCUCGUCAUCCUCAUCGUCAUGCCCUUCACGGUGUUUGCCGGCGUCUACGUGGACCCGGCCGAUGGCAGGAAAACCUGCGUGCUCAGCUUCCCGAGCCCCGAGCCCCUGUGGUUCAAAACCAGCCGCAUCUACACGCUCAUCCUCGGCUUCGCCAUCCCCGUCUCCACCUUCUGCAUCCUAUACACCAUGAUGCUGUACAGGCUGAGGAACAUGCGGCUCAACAGCAACGCCAAGGCACUGGACAAGGCCAAGAAGAGGGUCACCGUCAUGGUCUUUGUCGUCCUGGCCGUGUGCCUGUUCUGCUGGACGCCGUUCCACCUCAGCACCAUCAUAGCGCUGACCACGGACCUGAGGACCACGCCCCUGGUCAUCAUGAUCUCCUACUUCAUCACCAGCCUGAGCUACGCCAACUCUUGCCUCAACCCGUUCCUCUACGCCUUCCUGGACGACAACUUCAGGAAGGCCUUCAAGACGAUGCUGGAGUGCAGCUCGGCCUGAGCGCCUGCAGCGCAGAGCGGGACCACCUGUAUGCCGUUUUUUUUGUGCCACUAUUCUGAGCGCACGUAAAAAUCUUUUGCAGGUGCAAGUGUUGCAUUUUGAGGAAACAUUUACUUUGAGCAAGAAAAGCAAAGUUUGAGUGACCAAAAUUCAUUGCUGCGUGCAACAAAUGUAUUUCAGUGUUUGCUGUUAUCCACACACACACAUUUCGUCUGAGACCAUGCGAAUUAAAAACACACAAAGAGUUUUAUUAAACAAUGAGCCAGCAAAACACGCGCAGUGCUCUUGUGACUGGCACGCCGUUUCUCCUCCGUGUGAAACGCAGAAGUUUCCCCGCGGUUUCAGCCGCGUGCAGCACAAAGCUCUCCGAGGGAGCAGCUGCUCCCAUGAUUACUGACACCAGCUUUGGGAGUGAGCUUCAAAUACACCUGGAGUUUUUAAAUAUAGAAAGAAAUCAGGCAGGUAACACACACAGAGGGUGGGGAGGGGGGCUUCUCUGGGUGGAGGUUGAACAAACGUGUGCUCGUCUUCAGAAAAACAUCUGACGUUUUUAUGAAGGUGUAAAAAAUCCAAUUAGGAGGCAGCGAGCUGUGACCUCUGACCCUUCAGGGGCGUGGCCCUCUGGGAGCACCAAACAUCAGUACACAGGCUAUCAAUCAAAUCCUGAGGAGGCGGGCUGUGACGUGUCCCCGUGUCACUCUAAGCUGGUGUUGAAAUGAGGUUUUCUGGUCACAUGACCGACUGCAGGAGCGCUGCUACAUCUGCUCUGAUCUGUGAGGCUAUGCUGCCCCCUGCUGACCACAGGCAGCAGCACAGCACCUUGUAACAGGUGUAUAUGUGCACGCACACAGGUGCCUGCAGCUCAUACAGGCUGCAAGCAGCAGAUUGAGCAGCAGAUGAAGGUCUGCAGAGCGACCAGAGAUCACAGAGUGAAGCAGCUCGUUCAAAUCUGGUGCAGCUACAAACUGAUUAUUAUAAAUACAUUUUUAAAUGACGUGUGGAGCAGCGUUUCCUCUGUUGCUACUUUCUGCAUAUUUGAUGUUAUUUUAGGAGCAACAUUCAUCUUUAAUGUAACGUUUAGUCUCGUGUCUUUGGAGAUAAGUUGUGGGGUAACUCGUGAAUACUCCAGAACUUCCACUGUGGGACUUCCUGCUCCCCGGUGGGAAACAGACGCUUGUGAAAAAUCCAAGGCUGGAACUCGUCCGACCGCUUCUAUCAAAACCACGCUGAAAAAUAUGAACCUGUUGGAGUUCAUGUGGUUUUGCAGCUUGACAGCGCCCCCUAUGGGACAGGAAGUACACGCAGCGGGAGCUCUGGAGUACAUAAGAUGUUGUCUGUGUAAAUUUUGGGGGCAGUAAGCAGAAGGCACUGGGCAUAUGGAUGCUGGUGUGAUUCCCUGGUUUGGGACUUUUCUGUCAUGUAACCUGUUCUUGUUCUUUCACAGUGACAGUAAAGUACUCGGUACGUGUCAACGCAGCGGUGUAUCGUCACUUUCUUUAACUUCCUGCUUUAUCAGAUAAAUGAUGAGCUCUUCUGAAGGCUUCACGGCUCUGACAGCAACAACAUGCUGUAAUAACCCGUCUCACUGUACAGAUGAAUGUAAAGUCAUAACUAUGUAAAAUGUUCUCUCACACAGAAAUCAUCAUUUCUCAUGCAGCCUGUAAAAAACAUGAACUCACAUUUUAUUUUGAAAAUUGCUUUUCAUGUAUUUUUGAUAUCUUAGACUGAGCUGCUCGAUGAAUCCAAUAAAUGUGCAGAUGAUGAA